AUAGCCCAUGUGUGGUAUGUGUAUAAAUACUGAGAACUAAGACAGCCUCUUCAUCAUUUAGCAACAAAGCACCUUAGCACUACGAGCUUUUCCAAAUCCCAAUUUGUCAUCAAGAUGAAAAGUUUCUUUGCGCUUCUAGCCUUCUCUUCACUUUUUCUGUUCUCAAGCACCAUCACAGCAAGGAAAGAGCCUGUUGAAUAUGUGAAGACUGGUGUGGACCAAGUAGCCAAAGAUCUUUACGUUGAUCCGUCAUCACAUAUUCUUCUAUACCACGGAAACCAAAAUGGAAAGGACGUAGCCAAAGAUCAAUCUGUUGAUCCAUCAUCCAUCAUUCCCAUAUACCACGGAAAUAAAAAUGGUCUAUCUAUAGAUCCAUCAUCCAUUAUUCCCAUAUAUCACGAAAACCGAAAUGGCCAAUCAGUUGACCCAUUGUCCCUUAUUCCCAUAUACCUCGGAAAAAAAAAUGGCCUUUCUAUAGACGCAUCAUCCAUUAUUCCCAUAUACCAUGGACAGAAAAAUGGCUUUUCUGUAGAUCCAUCGUCCAUUAUUCCCAUAUAUGGAAACCAUAAUGCCAAAGAUCAUUCUGUUGAUCCAUCUUCGUUGAUUCCCAUUUAUCGCGGUAACCAAAAUGGACAAUCUGUCGAUCCAUCGUCCUUGAUUCCCAUUUAUCGUGAUAACCAAAAUGGACAAUCUGUUGAUCCAUUGUCCUUGGUUCUCCUUUACCGUGGUAACCAGCAAAAUGGACAAUCUAUUGAUCCAUCAUCCUUGAUUCCCUUUUACCGUGGCAACCAAAAUGGACAAUUUGUUGAUCCAUCGUCCUUGAUUCCCUUUUACCGUGGUAACCAAAAUGGACAAUCUGUCGAUCCAUCUUCCUUGAUUCCCUUUUACCGUGGUAACCAAAAUGGACAAUCUGUCGAUCCAUCGUCCUUGAUUCCCUUUUACCGUGGUAAACAGCAAAAUGGACAAUUUGUUGAUCCAUCAUCCUUGAUUCCCUUUUACCGUGGUAACCAAAAUGGACAAUCUGUUGAUCCAUCGUCCUUUAUUCCCUUAUACCGUGGUAACCAAAAUGGUGACCAAAACUUUAAGGCCAAUGAAGAAGGUGUUGCCAAAAGUGUUUCUACUGACCAGUAGAAGCAAAUGAUAAGGAAAAUCAAACUUCAAAGGAAAAUCCUAUCACGAAUACUCUAUUGUUAUAAUAAAAAAUAAAGGAUCGUAGUUUGAAGUUUGUAAAUGCCUUUAUAUGGCAAAUUGUAUUAGUCUAUGACCUCGAAUGAUGCAUCUUCCAUGUUUGUACUGUUGUUGUCUUCAUCGUCUAUGUAUGCUAUUUUGUAGUUAAAUAAACUUUUAUGGCUUGUUUUAUA